AUGAUUUCUGCAGGGACAGCAAGCGGAGGGACAAACGUAUACGGAAUUCACCAGUCUCCUUCAACCCCGGGGCAUAUCGAAAGGGUCACUUCGAUGUCAUGCGUAUUAGAGAACCUGGAUGCUUGCCUGCCAAUAACGGCGAUUCAAGUACUCAACAUACCCGGCUAUGAGCUCACUUUGAGUGGCCAUGGCCCAUAUGUCAUUAUCACCAAUGGUGCUACCGAUCAGGUUCUAGAGCGAUGUUACGUCUUUCAAAGAAACAAUGUACAUGGCAUCCAAAUCCUGGAUUGCCCGGUGACAAACCCAGAAUGCAAAUCUAGAGUCCUUGUAUGGGGAGGACAGUCUCUCCGGCUGCUUCAAAUUUGUAUAAAGGAGCCCCGAACUGAAGGGGCUAUUUUGCUUAGCACCCUUAGCUCGGAGUAUGUUUGCCCCGACUGGAUACUGGAUGCCAGCUUCUACAGCCCUCCCGGAGGUACUCCUAAAUUGCCAUCAGCUUAUAUAGGAUGUUUGAUCACCGCGCACAAUGUGGUGCUCGGUCUUGAGCUGAAUCUUGAUGUGACAUCCUCCGAAGUCAGUUUUCACUUGCAUGAAAUUGCACCAGGCCUGAAGCCAAUCUUAUACUCCGCUGAUAUUGCCUGGACUUCACCAAGCGAUAUUCUGGUUGCCGCAGGCACAGUAUUCGGGGAAAUUAUUGUCUGGACAUGCCGUCUAGAGCACGAUGCCCGCAACUCUUUGUUUUCGAACUUUUCUAUAUUCGUACACCGCUUCUUUACAGGUCAUGAGGGCUCAAUUUUUGGAGUCAACAUUUCAGAAGAAGUUCAUAUCGGGAAUGACACUUCAAGGCGACGAUUUCUUGCAAGUUGUAGUGAUGAUAGAACGAUCCGAAUCUGGGAUAUAUCCGCUUGCUGUUCUCCCACGCUCCGCAACCCUGGUGGUCUGUCAAAGGAUAGUCUCCCGCGCUCAACUGGAUUUGGAGCCGCCCCCGAGGAUACAUUGAAAUUGGACCAACAAGAAUGCGUAGCGAAGACGAUGUGCCAUGCAUCACGGAUAUGGGGCGUUUAUUUCCUAGACAUUUCCUUUGUUGACGGCCAGCUGGUCUUCAAUGUCUUAUCACGUGGGGAGGAUGCAACCUGUCAAGUAUGGAGCCUCAACCUCAAGCAGGAUGUCUCCCAGGAAGACCGCCAGAUAUCUGCCGGGAACACCAAAAUGGAUCAUGUCUCGACUCAUGCAUAUCAUACGGGCAAAAAUAUCUGGUCCACGGCCAUUUUCAAAGACGUCAAUGCAUUUAAUGUUUAUUCCGGUGGAGCUGAUGGUAACCUGGUCUCAUUUACGCUUGAUCGGAAUGCCGAUACUUUACGUAUCUUAGGAGAGAUUGCCUCCGACUAUUCGGCUGAUGAGGUAGUGAAUGGUUUGGGCCUCAAAGAUGAGGCUGUUACUGGAAAAGGUAAAAAAGAAGGCAGGAUUGCAUGCUAUUCUUUUGUCUCUGAUGAAAGUUUUAUCGCUGUCACAACUCGAGGGAAAGCGCUUCUUGGUCGAGUUUCACCUGGAAGCCUGGAAGCAGCAAAAUUGCCAUCGACCCCACUGGUAUCUUGGAGCAUGAUAACGACUCUCGAAGGUGGGGAGCCACAAUACCUUGCCGGCGGGAGCCCUCGAAAAGGCAUGGGAAUAAUUGGAGCACCUAGUGGUGCGAUAUGGCUGUAUGAUCACUCGAGGAAUGCCGUUGAUAAAAUAGCCCAAACUGGAUCAAAAUUAUCGGGAAUCUUCGUGGUCGACGGGCCUCCUGACAGUUCUUGCUCCCCGGGUUUUACCUGUGUCUCCUUCGUGACCGCGUUCGUGCACAGUCCAAAGGCAGUCUUUUUUACCGCUCGAGGCCGCCCUGAUCCUGAACUGCUAUUUGAAACAGUCUUGAACCUGCCGCCUAACUUCCUAAUCACUGCUGCUUCAUUCAUGCAAACCACGUCCUGGUUAGUAUUAGGCUCGAGGCAUGGGGGCAUUGCUAUAUAUGCACUGGAUAUGGCUUCCAGCGCGGGUCAAAUCGACCCACUUUUCUAUUCUGCCCAUCUUCAUGCCAACGAUGCGAUUACCUCUAUUAUCAGUCUGAGGUCAUACAGUGCUGGACAAGGGGCAGCGAAUUACAUCGUCACCACUGGAAGGGAUGGUUAUUAUCAGCUUCAUUUAAUUAAAUCCCCGAAUGGACGUACUCAGUCUGUUACGGUUCGAACGAUCCAUAAAGCGUGUCCGCCCUUUGGGCCAAAUAUCGAGGGUGCAGCGCUUGAUCCUAAAACGAAUGAUCUAAUUCUGUAUGGAUUCAAGGGAGUUUACUUCAUUGUAUGGAACGAAUCGACCCAGACAGAGCUCAUGGCUGCAGAAUGUGGGGGGUGUCAUCGGGUGUGGACAUAUCAUUCCAAUGACGAGGGACGGCGGGUACUAAUAUGGACCAAGGCGUCGCGCCUUCAUCUGUUUUCGAGUCAAGGCCCAUCGCACCGUGUACUAAGGGCCGGUGGGCACGGAAGAGAAAUCAAAUCGGCAUGUCUAUCAAGUCUACUCUCAAACGACGGACAGACAAGAAGCCAAAUUCUUGCUACGGGCGCUGAAGACACGACUAUUCGCCUUUUCCUCCCGGAAGCAAGCGGCUCGACUCAAUCCGGCGAUAUAUUUAGGUGUCAAAUGACCUUGAAGAAACACACAGCGGGCAUUCAGCAUAUUCAAUGGUCGCCAUGUGGGGAGCUGCUUUUCAGCAGUUCAGGGUGCGAAGAGCUAUAUGUCUGGAGAAUAUCGUCGAUUCCGGGGUUCGGAAUUGGGGCAAUGUUCAUGGGAGAAUGUCCCAAGAGCAAGCCUAUCUCCGACCUUCGCGUUACCCAUUUCGAUGUUGUUAAGCUAGACGACGAAGACGCCUUUUUACUUGCAUUGGCUUAUUCUAAUUCAAUGAUCACCAUAUUUUACUUUAAACCCGAUUCUCAAGAGGACCCUUUCGAGCUCAUUGCACGGGGUCAAUAUUCAACAAAUUGCCUCACAUACAUCCGUUUCGCCAUUUCAGGCGAAAGGAUAUAUCUAAUCACUACUUCAACCGACGGACAUUUGGCGAUUUGGGACGCUACCAACUCGCUCGAAUCUGUAAUCCACGCUCACGGGAACAUCAUCCAACGCCAGUUGGCGAGCAAAUUCCCGGCAAUACCACUCGAGCUAGCAUGUGGAGAUCGACACGCGAUCCAUCAAAGCAGCAUCAAAGUGAUGGAGAUGCUUCAAGUUUCAGAGACCGAGCUGCUCGUACUCUGCGGAGGCGACGACAACGCGCUAUCCGCAUCAAUGAUCACUCUCUCAAGUUCUUACCCGACGACGUCGGAGGACAAGCCGUUGUUUUAUUCUACAUUGUUGCCACAAGCACAUGCUUCGGCUAUCACUGCAAUUGCGGUGAUUGGCGGCAUAAAGUAUACUAAGCAAGGAUUUGAUGUGAGCAUUGCCUCUUCGGGGAACGACCAACGACUGAAGAUAUGGUGCGUCCAGGUGACUCGACGAACAAAAGACCCUGAAAUUGUGGUCGCUUUAAAGCAGGAUACAUAUACUGCUGUUGCUGAUGUAUCAUCCAUAGAAGUCUUAACGACCAGCGAGGCUGGAGAAGAAAAGAAUCACCUGGUGGUUUGUGGGGUGGGUAUGGAUAUGUGGAAAGUAGCCGGCAACUUAGAAUAGAAG